AUGUCAAGCAAAGAUCCAAAUGCAUUCAAUACUCGAACUAUUGGUCAAACAAUGCAUAUUCAGUUGACAAAGAUGUUAACUACCGGUCUUGGUUUCACAUUGACUAGUCGUGAUACACAAACACAAAGUUCACAAAUGUCUGAUCCAGUGUAUGUGAAAAAGAUUUUACCUGAUGGCGCUGCUAUACAAGAUGGACGUUUACUGGCCGGUGAUCGUCUAUUGGCUAUUGACGGUGAAGAAGUUCGUUCAUUAAAUCAAGUUUUAUCACAGUUACGAUCAUUGACACCAGGGAAACAAGUGGAUUUGCUUAUAUCUCGGCAAAUGUCUUGUGAUUUAGACUCGAAUACUCGCAAAUCUUCACAAAAACACUUACCUCCACGUCCGUUUAUGACUUGUACCUUUGAGUAUCAACUUCCAUUGGAUACUACUAAUAAUCAAUCAGAUACUAUAAAAGGACCUCCAGUAUUAGGAAUCAAUUUCAAAUGGUCCAAUGAUAUUUUAACAUCAUCAUUAUUAUCUUCAUCCACAUCAUCACCACAGACAGUAACUACAAAGUCAAUUACAAGACCAGCUUCUCCAUCUCAGUAUUCUCCUAUACCAGGUUUAUAUGUCGAUAGUCUUCUGCCUGAUACUCUUGUUACUUCAAACAAUCAUGUAACUGUAAAAACUGGCGAUCGUCUUGUUGCAAUUAAUGAGGAAUCUGUAGAUGGAAUGAAUGCUAAAACUAUUGUAAAUAAGUUGAAAAAUGUUAUCAAACAAUGUCAUGAGCGAAAUAUUAGUAACUCCGAACAAUCGUCAGCCUCAUUCACUCUCACGGUUCAUCGAUAUAAGAACCAAAAUGAUCGUCGAUCAAGUGUUGGCGAUACAUUGAAACUAACAUCUGCACAUCCACCAAGUUGUAGACACAUUAAAACAAUACGUGGUGAAGCAGUAGAAAAGGGUCAUCCUGGUCGUCAUGAACAUAGUAAAUUGAAUAGCCCAGCUGAUUCACAAGAUACUUGUUCAUUAUCGUUUACAUUAAAUGAUAGUCGUCGACGUCUGUUAUAUAGAUCUGACUCGAUAUCUUCUGAAAUUGGAUCAAUAUAUUGCAUCAUGAUUAUCAUGGGGAUUCUCAUUCACAUUUAUCUAGUCAAAGAUCAGAUAUUCAUGAGGAUAAUCAUGUGUUAUCAACAGAAUCGUUGUUAA